UGAAACCGGAUGUGUAAUUCCUUCACAGUCUGGUGAACUUUACGAAGCCAUCCAAAAGCCAGUCGUAUCUCCUCCCGUCGAGGAACUUCAGUACCCGUACAGUAAGCUUGUGUGCCUCUGCCUCCUCGCCUCAGGUUCUCGUACCUUUGCACCACCACCGGGGGUACCGCCGGAACGCUCGUGAGAGAAGAGCGCCAUGGCCCGUGUGGUGGUUGAAGCGAUGCCGGAGACAGUCGGAGGAGGAGGAAUGAUGCUGAACCGGCGGAGGAGCAAAGCCAGGCGAAGAAAGCGAAAGGAGUUGUUCGUCGUCCAGAUGUGCUUUGCGGGGGUACUUCUGGGGGUUGUCGUUGGGCUCAAGACUGUGGCACAGAAAGCAGGAUAUCAUGUUUCCAGCUCCAUGGUUGUGGAGGAGGCAAGAUGGGAAAGUCGUCACCUUCUACAGGAAGACAACCACUCCAAGCUGUACUCUGAGCCUGAGAAGAACUGCACCGAACCAGCAAUCCAUGAGUUCCCCAGGGAUUACUUCACCAACAAGCAGCGCGUGGAAGGAGCAGUGGGUCUGCACGUGCUUUGCGCAGUCUACAUGUUCUACGCUCUGGCGUUGGUGUGCGAUGACUACUUUGUCCCCUCGCUAGAGAAGAUAUGCGAGCGUCUGCAUCUGAGUGAGGAUGUUGCAGGAGCGACCUUCAUGGCAGCAGGCAGUUCAGCGCCUGAACUGUUUACCUCUGUCAUUGGAGUUUUCAUCACUAAAGGUGACGUCGGGGUCGGCACCAUUGUGGGAUCUGCCGUCUUCAACAUCCUCUGCAUCAUCGGAGUGUGCGGGAUAUUCGCUGUGCAGACGAUCCGUCUCUCCCGCUGGCCUCUGCUCAGAGACUCAGUCUACUACACCUUAUCGAUCUCUGCUCUUAUAGUGUUCAUAUAUGAUGAAAAAGUAGUUUGGUGGGAAGCUCUCACGCUGAUCCUGAUGUAUUUUGUCUACAUUUUGAUCAUGAAACUGAAUUCCUACAUUGUCCGUUUCCUGGGGAGGAGGAAGAAGAACUCGACCACUUUGAGAAACGGUGCAGCAAAUAACACAGAACUGGACGAUGGCUGUGAUGCUACUGCUGUUCUUUUAAAGAAAGCAAACCACCACAGGAAGACAUCUGUGUUAAUGGUAGACGAGCUGCUGUCAGCGUACCCCCACCAGUUGUCCUUCUCCGAGGCCGGCAUGAGGAUCAUGAUCACCAGCCACUUCUCCCCCAGAACUCGUCUCACCAUGGCCUCACGAAUGCUCAUCACUGAGAGGCAGCGUCUAAUCAACACGCGGACUUUGACUAACGGUGACUCUGAGGUUCCCGUGAAGGGAGGGGGCAGGUGGGGCAUAGAAAAUGGGCUGUCUGGAGCUGAAAGGGGCGUCGGCGUUCGGCGCGAUGACAGAGAGGCCGGCAAUGAGACGGAUAAUGAGGACAACGAGAACAAUGAGAAUGAUGAAGAGGAAGAAGAGGAGGAAGGAGAGGGACCUUACGUACCAUUCCAAUGCCCAGCGGGUGGGUUUAAUAAACUGAAGUGGCUGCUGGCUUGGCCUCUGGCCCUGCUGCUAUUCUUCACCAUCCCCAACUCCUCCACACCUCGCUGGGAGAACUGGUUCAUGCUGUCUUUUGUUGCCUCCACACUUUGGAUCGCCAGCUUCUCCUACAUCAUGGUCUGGAUGGUAACAGUGAUAGGCUUCACACUCGGUAUUCCAGACGUCAUCAUGGGUAUCACAUUCCUGGCAGCUGGCACCAGCGUCCCCGACUGCAUGGCCAGUCUUAUAGUGGCACGACAAGGAAUGGGUGACAUGGCGGUGUCCAACUCCAUCGGCAGUAACGUGUUCGACAUCCUGGUAGGGCUCGGUCUUCCCUGGGCUCUAAAGACCUUGGCUAUCAACUAUGGCUCUGAUAUCAAAUUAAACAGCAAAGGACUCAUCUUCUCUGUGGGGCUCCUGCUGGCAUCUGUGUUUAUGACAGUCCUGGGAGUUCACCUAAACAACUGGACGCUGAACAAACGUCUGGGUUUCAUGUGUCUCAUCCUCUACUCCAUCUUCGUGUGUUUCUCCUGCCUCAUCGAGUACAACAUCUUCACCUUUGUCAACCUGCCGACCUGCCGGGAUGACUGAGACACGCACGCAUACACAACACACUCACUGUGCACACACUUACACAAACAACUGGUGUUUGCAAGGAAUUCAAAAAGAAAUAUUAAAUAGAUAGCUGGUGGCAACAAGUGGAAGAUCUUAUUGGAGACCAAAGAAUUAAUUGCAAAUACUAUUUGGCACAGGUCUGACUCACACUGAUUUUUCUGUGGCUUGUUUUUUUGCCAUAUGGAGCUGCUCUGGUGUUUAGCCCACACCAGACCAGAGAGUGGGACUGAUUCCAGGAGUAGAGAUGGAAGCAACCAACGGACAGCACAGAGGAUGAUAACCUCGCACGCACACACACACACACACAAACACACAGAAAUUAUUCUACUACUGCUCACUCCUGACAUGAGGACCUUUUAUUUUGAAACUCCCUGUGUUAGGUGUGAUGUUUCCUAGCUGCUAACCUUUCCUGAGAGGAAAGGCGGGUCUUUUAGAUCUACUAGUUGAAAGUAAUAAGUAAUAAAAAAAAAAGCAAUGAUGUAAAGCGAUGGGAAGUUUAGACAGAGUUAGGGCCACGAGUCUUCAUUAUUCGUUACAGUGUUUACUUGGGACUUUUUGUUAUUUCCAUCUUACGCUCGCAUUUACAGUUUUUCUUUUAAGACAUGCACCUACAAGUCUCCACUUCAGCAGGAACAGGGCAUUAUCCCGUCACCUUUUUAUAAAUUAACUCACGGCCGUAGCUGUCAUGUUUCAUAUUGAUUUCCUUUCUAUAAAUAGCUCACCUCUGUAAAUAACCCCCAGAUGUCCUAUUUAUUAUUUAUUCCUGUCAUACGCACAGUUCUCUGGAGGUCACAAGAGCACCUGGGCAGGUUUUUGUUUGUGCAGCCGGGGAUCCAGGUCGAUGAUCACAAUCACAAGCACAAUUUUUGUGAGGGCAUUUUGCAAAAUUCCGUUUGAUCUGGAUGAGUAGUUCUACGUGUGGACGGGACAUGCGGAGCUCAAACUUGCACUGAAGAGCGGGAGAGCAAGGUGUUUACCCGCUGAAGCACGCUGAUUAUGAGGAGAGGAUCCUUGUAAAAUGAAGCAGGUUUGUGUGGAGUGGGUUCGAGAAGCAGAUGUAUUUAUGUCUUUCGUGAGUGGGGAGCUGCUGCUUGUUCUCCUCUCAGAGACACUGACCAAAUAGACUCAAAACAGUGGUGGCAUUAUUCAAAACCACACCUGGACCAGGUGUUUGCUCUGUGCUGGAAGGAUGGAUGGAUGUCCUGCUUUACUUCUCUGAGGGUGAGCAAUGUAACUGGUAGUAAAGUAGGACUUUUUACCCCAACUCUUUAAGGUUGGGAGGAGUUUCCACUAUAUUUUUCUCCAGGAGUUCUUUGUAUUUUGUAAUGCCUAAUGUCUAGAUUUGUCCAAAUUUGGUAGGUUUGUGGCACAUAAAUAUUCCUACUAGUUUUUAGAGCAUGUACAGUGUGGUUUGUGAAACCCUCCGGGGAAUUUUUUAUUCCACUAAGGGGCCAGUAAAGUUGAAUUAUUCUUGAAAGACUUCCACCAACACUGAAGUGAACGCUUGUCAGUCAGGUUGAUUCUUCUCACACAGUUUUCAUCAAAAUGUCAGCUUUUCCUCAGACAGGUUCAUUUCAAAUGUCAAGUGCUCUAUGCUCUUUUUUUCUCACUGAGGGAAGAGUAUUGCUAAAA